AUGGUUUUUCAGAUAAACCAGAUUGGAACAGUGACCGAGACCAUUGAAGUGAUGAAGCUGGCAGAGGAUGCCCACUGGGGAGUGGUCAUGGCUCAUAGAUGUGGUGAAACUGAAGAUUCCUUCAUAGCCGACUUAGCUGUUGGUCUCUCAACUGGUCAGAUCAAAGCUGGUGCUCCUUGCAGAGGCGAACGGCUGGCCAAGUAUAACCAGUUGCUUCGAAUUGAGGAAGAACUUGGGGACAAUGCAUUUUAUGCUGGUGAAGAGUGGAGAAAAUCACCCUGAUCAUUUUUUCUCAGGUUUCCUCCUCACAAUUCUCUUCUCCUUAUAUUCUUCAUCUAAAGUCCAGGGCUUAUACUUUCAACGUCACAAAUAUUCAGCAACAUGGUCCACCGGUCACCGAUCGUUCUUCUGCUUCAUUAUUUUGUUAUCAGAGUGUUUUCUCCUUUUGUUUUCUCUAUGACUGGAGUGGAGAGCAGUCUGGAAUGUGUAAUUAAGUUUGCUAAGGUGUUCUAGACAUGGGCGGUUCGCCUAAUUAAAUUUUCAGAUACACAUUGCAGAAAGAAAAAAUAUUUUUGAGUAAAUUUUCUGAAGUUCUAGCU